AUGGACAAACUGACCAUCAUCUCAGGAUGCCUCUUCCUGGCCGCCGACAUCUUCGCCAUCGCCAGCCUGGCGAACCCGGACUGGAUCAACACCGGCGAGUCCGCGGGUGCUCUCACAGUUGGCCUUGUGCGACAGUGUCAAACCAUCCAUGGACGUGACAGGACCUGUAUUCCUCCACGGCUGCCUCCUGAGUGGGUUACUACGUUAUUUUUCAUCAUUAUGGGAAUCAUUUCACUAACUGUCACAUGUGGUUUGCUGGUGGCUUCCCACUGGCGAAGAGAAGCUACUAAAUAUGCCCGCUGGAUAGCUUUCACUGGAAUGAUUCUAUUCUGUAUGGCAGCCCUAAUAUUCCCAAUAGGAUUUUACAUCAAUGAAGUUGGAGGUCAACCAUAUAAAUUACCCAAUAACACAGUGGUUGGGUCUUCAUAUGUACUGUUUGUCUUAUCCAUUUUCUUUACAAUAGUGGGACUUCUAUUUGCUGGCAAAGUUUGUUUACCUGGCUGAUGAAUGUCGGAACUGCAGGACUUUAUUUUGGAAAAGAACAAGACAUCAGAAUUGCAUUCUCAGGAGGAUGCCUAGAUCAGACUAUCAAACACUUACUGAAAAGAGGAAUACUUUGACUUGUUCUCACUAUGCACUUUGGAUGAAAAAAAGGAGAGCCUUUCCCAUAACCAAAUACAGACAACAUUGACUAAUCUCCUGAGCAUAUUUUAAUGCAGUCAGGUCUGCACUGUGAUAGGAACUAGU